CCCUUCCCGCGCCAGUUCCACGGCCGACCACUCCCUCUCCUUCCACCAACUGUGGCUUUCUCGUAUUGUUGAGCUCCGUUCCUAUCAUGGCGACUCCGCCGCCGAACAGCAUGGCCGAGCUCGAGGUUGUUCCGCCGCUGCUGGUGGACGCCCUUGACGAGACGCCGGCUCAGCCUGUGGCACUCUGGCGACGCUUUGUCGCGUCGGCCGUCUCGGCCUCGGUCUGCGAGGCCACUCUCUUUCCCUUUGACUUUCUCAAGACUCGCCUGCAAGUUCAGACUGCAAAGCGCGGCUCGCGAUCGCACGUCUCGGUCUUUCGCCUGCUGCGGACUCUGCCGUCGCUCUCGGCCGCAUACACGGGCGUCGUCCCAGCCGUCUGCCGCCACAUCCCCUACUCGUCGCUCAGACUCGUCUCCUACGAGAUCCUCCGUGACGGCCUCGGCCUCGCCCCAGGCACCACUCCGCUGCUGGGCCUCUGCCUCCUCGGUGGCCUCUCGGGGGCGAUGGGCCAGGCACUCGCCUCGCCCUUUGACCGCCUCAAGGUCGCCGCGCAGAUCGAAGCCCACGCCGCCGGCCACCUCAAGAUGGGCAUGAUUGAGCGCGUCGCCGCCAUCGUCAAGUCCGAGGGCAUGCUCGGCCUGUGGCGUGGCGUCGGGCCGAACGUCACCCGCGCCUUCCUCACCAACUUUGGCGACAUUGCCGUCUACGACACCACCAAACACUGGAUCCAGACCACCUUUGACAUGCCCGACUCGCCGCUGCUACACGCCAGCUCGGCGCUAGUCUCCGGCUUUUCCUCGACCGUCUGCUCCUGCCCAGCUGAUGUGGUCAAGUCGCGGGUCAUGGCUCUCUCCAUUGGCGAUGCCCACGUCUCGGGCUUCCGCGUCGCUGUUGACAUUGUCCGCUCCGAGGGCAUCUCUGGGCUCUACCGUGGCUUCUUUCCAUGCUGGCUUCGCCUCGCGCCCUUUGGUCUCAUUUUUUACGUCACCUAUGAAAAGAUGCGCGUUCUUGUCGGCCUAGAUCCGUUCUAGUGCUGCCGCCGCUGUCGCCGCCGCCCGAGAAACACCGCUACGCUGACCACAACCGCCGACACCGCCAGCGUCGCCACUAUGACGGACAGAUGCGUUCUGGUGAACAAGACUCCAGAGGGGGGCACAUCGUCGUCCACUUCGGCCACCUCGCUUGCGCUCGUGCUGGCGCUCGUGCUCGCGCUCGUGCUGGCGCUCGUGUUCGCGCUCGUGCUCGC